CAAAAUCAAAUCGGAGACCCGCCGGCGGGAGAGCCUGUGACGAGCCGGGGUCCAGCCUGCAGGGCGGCGGAGGCGCGAGCACCUGUGUCCACUUCCCAGCCACCUGCCCGACGCGCUCGACCGCCCCCUGUGGAGGCAUGGCCACCCCACCCAAGAGGAGCUGCCCCUCUCCCGCGACCAGCUCGGAGGGAACCCGCAUCAAGAAAAUUUCCAUCGAAGGGAACAUCGUUUUACUUUUCCUCUUCACAAUAGCUGCAGGGAAGUCAACAUUUGUGAAUAUCCUUAAACAAGUCUGCCAGGAUUGUGAAGUGGUUCCUGAACCUAUUGCCAGAUGGUGCAAUGUUCAAAGUACUCAAGAUGAAUUUCAGGAACUGACCACAUCUCAGAAAAGUGGUGGGAAUGUUCUUCAGAUGAUGUAUGAGAAACCUGAGCGAUGGUCUUUUACCUUCCAGACAUAUGCCUGCCUCAGUCGCAUACGAGCUCAGCUUGCCUCUCUCAACAGCAAGAUCAAAGAUGCGGAGAAACCUGUAUUAUUUUUUGAACGAUCUGUGUAUAGUGACAGGUAUAUUUUUGCAUCUAAUUUGUAUGAAUCUGAAUGUAUGAAUGAAACAGAGUGGACAAUUUAUCAGGACUGGCAUGACUGGAUGAAUAACCAAUUUGGCCAAAUCCUUGAACUGGAUGGAAUCAUUUAUCUUCGAGCUAGUCCAGAGAAAUGCUUGAGUAGAAUAUAUUUACGAGGAAGAAAUGAAGAACAAGGCAUUCCUCUUGAAUAUUUAGAGAAGCUUCACUAUAAGCAUGAUAGCUGGCUCCUGCACAGAACACUGAAAACCAACUUUGAUUAUCUACAAGAAGUGCCUAUCUUAAUAUUGGAUGUUAAUGAAGACUUUAAAGACAAACACGACAGUCUGGUUGAAAAGGUCAAAGAAUUUUUGAGCACUUUGUGAUCUUGCUGAAGACUUCAGGGAGAAAAAUGAUUCCAGGCACUUCAGCUUUGUGUAUCUUUGUAGCUUAUUAUUUAUACAAGUCUCUUUAGAAAA